UUCAGCCACAAAGUGCCACCCAUCAACUCGCUUGAUGAUGCAAGGAAGAAGGAGCUGCUCGCAUUCGCGAUGGCUCUCAAGCGCUGGCGGCACUUCCUCCUUGGGCGUCGUAGGUUCACAUGGGUCACAGACAACAAUCCAUUGACCUACUACAAGACGCAGGACACGGUGAGCAGCACGAUCGGACGAUGGAUGUACUUCAUCGACCAAUUUGACUUCACACCGAAACAUGUCCCCGACCUCUCCAAUCGCGUAGCAGAUACACUCUCGCGAAGACCUGAUCUUUGCGCUAUGACACAUCAUGCCUUCGCAUUCGACGAGGAGCUUCAGCGAUACUUCAUCCGGGCAUAUCAGUCUGAUCUGGACUUCGGCACGCUCUAUGCACAGCUAUCUUCGGAUCACCCGCCGGCCAGCCAUUACCGCAUUGCCGAUGGGUACUUGCUCCUCCACUCGAGAGGCAAGGACUUACUAUGUGUCCCAUGCGACCGUCGUCUUCCGACUCGCCUCCUCGGCGAGUAUCAUGAUUCGCGACUCGCCGUCCAUUUCGGAGUCAACCACACUAUUGCACGGCUUCGACAGCGAUUCCGAUGGCCUGACCUCAUUACCGAUGUCACUCGGUAUUGCGACUCAUGCGAAGUUUGCCGACGCAGCAAACCCCGCAACCGGAAUCCCUAUGGCGAGUUACACCCGAUGCCUAUCCCACGGGAACCCGGUCUCUCCAUUGCCAUGGACGUCACCGGUCCGUUUCCUCGCGACCGGCUCGAGCACGACGGCAUCCUCACGGUUGUGGACCGAUUGAGUAAGUACGCGCGUUUUCUCCCUUGCAAGUACUACUCCACGGCUCCAGAGCUGGCACACCUCCUACACACUGGUUGGAUUUGUGGCCACGAUGUACCAAAAGACAUUGUCAUCGACCGCGACACUCGUUUCAUGUCGGCGUUUUGGACUGCUCUCAUGCAGGAGUCCGACACAACAAUGAAACCAAGUUCGGCUCGACAUCCUCAGACACACGGGCAGUCGGAGCGGGCACAUCAAACCGCUCAAAUGAUGCUUCGUACGCUCAUCCGUCCGGACCAGAAAGAUUGGGUUGACCGCCUCCCCGACAUCGAGUUCGCCUACAACACUUCGGUGCACCCGGCGAUCGGCUUGACUCCAUUCGAGUUGCACCACGGUGGAUGGAAAGGCCGUAUCUUCGCCGACCUUCUCCUCCCUCGACCAGCCGACAUUGACGCUGCCUGCUCUCCCACUUCCGUCCGGAAGUACAGGGAAUUGCUGACUCAAGCCCGCGCAAAUAUGCAAAAGGCUCAAGUCCGCAUGCAGCAGCAAGCCAACAGGCGUCGCGUACCAUGUCCCAUCCGCGCCGGUGAUCUGGUUUGGGUCUCUGCGGAAGAGUUUGCACUGGAACAGGAUGUUUCACGCAAACUGCUUCCCAAGUGGUUUGGACCUUGGUCUGUGACAGCAGCCGCGGGCGAUGAGCCCGAUGGCCCUUCAUUUGUGAUCAACAUUCCAGAACAUCUCCAUCCGGUCUUCCACGCCUCGAAGCAGGCAACAUACACGCCAGCCAAGAGCGACGACUUUCCGGGCCGACGAUCGCAGGACCUUCCCUCCUCUAUGGAUGGUCAUCAGGAAGUUGACCGCGUCAUCUCCGAUCGCAAGUACGGCAGCAAGCUGCGGCAGUACAAAGUCACAUUCAAAGCAUGCGAUCGCGACGACACUCRGUGKAUUUCAGGCGCAGAUUUGAAAGCAUCCGCACCGCUGAUCUACGCGCAUUAUGAAAAGCGGAGGUUAGCUCAGGAAGCUUCACGACCAGCCCCUCCCACCCGGACUGUGGUCCCUCCCUCAGACAGACAGCUUCGCCCUCGCAGGUAAGCUCGGUUCUUCAAGGAGGGGGGGGUGUGGCAUACUGCGUAGCCACACGG